GUCGCAGGAGGACCGUCUGGCCGGGCAGGCAGGCAGGCAAUGGCCGCCCUGGAGUCGUUGCUGGAUGAGGUUGCCCUCGAAGGGCUGGACGGGAUCACCGUCUCCACCCUGUGGUUCCGGCUCGACAACCGCGUCCCCGCCUUCCCGCUGCACCUGGAUCCGGCCACCAAGCAGUUCGUGUGGGAGGCCCUCGCCGCCUGCCCGGAGUUCACCUUCUACCAGCUACCCCAGGAGAGGCCGCCCUUGGUCUACCAUGACAGAUAUGAAGAAAUUGAUCCGGAGACAGGAAUUCAAGAGACGCGGAGGGAUCCUACACCUAGAGAUGAUAUCUAUCCAGUUUGCAUCAUUUCUGACAAUAAAGAUGGAAUUCAGGGUUCCUGUCAACAUUUUCACAAGCGAAAAGAUGUAACUGCAGAGAUAAGGACUCAUCAGUUUAUACCAAGGUGCACAUUGGAUGAAGCUAUAAACAGAUGGGGUGAGAGAUUAGUCAUUGUUGCCUCUCAAAUGGUUCGUCAUCGAGCCCUGAUCGGGUGGGAAAGUGAUCCAGAAUUGAAGCUGCCUGACUAUUCUUACUGCAUUCUGGAAAGGCUGGGCAGAGCAAGAUGGCAGGGAGAGCUGCAAAGAGACCUUCACAGUGGAGCUUUCAAAAUUGAUGCUCGUAAAAUGCAUUAUCACCGAAGAGUUCUCGACAGAAACAGUCUGAUUACUCUGCAGUCACACGUGAUUCGUCAGCCUAAUGGCAACCAGCAGUAUUCCAUUUUGCUCCUUCUCAAACGCUUUCACAUUGACCGGAGAAGCAAAUAUGAUAUUUUAAUGGAAAAAAUCUCCCAUAUCCUUGUCAACCGGCCCAAUCAGAUGGAAAUCAUGUUGACUCUCAGGGAUGAGCUGAGUCUUUGUGAGAGAACAUUUAAGAAGCUUUAUCAGUAUAUGGUGACUGGUGGAAUAGCCAAGGUGGUUGCUGUUCCCCUCAAAGACCUGAAUCCUGAGGGAGGACCAUGUGUGACAAAGAAAGGAACUCAGAUUAUUGUUCGAUGUCUGAAACUGAUAAAGCCAUAUGGGAAAAAGGUAGAUGAUGAAGAUGACGACGACGACGAUGAAGAUAAUAAGACAGUUGAAAGAAUGGAUGUCGUUUAUGAGCGAGAUAUGCUUACCCAGGCUUACGAAUUAAUUGAAAGAAGAGGCACCAAAGGAAUUUCACAGACUGAAAUCCGAUUGGCAUUGAAUGUUGGCAAACUUGAAGGUCGGAUGUUGUGCCGUUUGUUGGAAAGAUACAAAGUUAUUACGGGCUUCAUGGAAGACGAAGGUCGUCAGCGCACAACUAAAUACGUGGCUAAGACAUUUGUGGAGCAGAGUGAACUGAGCAAGCAAUUUGAAAAGGAAAAGGCCAGAAGCGAGCGUUUGGCAAUAACUAGUUUCCUGCCCCUUCAUCAUGCCGAACCGGAACCUGUCCCCCAGCAAGCUGUAGUACCAGUGAAAGACUUGCCUGAGAGGGAAGGUGUGCUGCAGGAUUUAUCAGAAGGCUCAUCAAAGGCAAAUCAUGAUCGAAAGCAGCCUGUGAAAUUACCACCAGUCCCUGUGCAGGGCAAACAGUCUUCUCAUUCAGAGCACAGAGGGAAGAAAUGUACUACCUCUCAGAAAUUAUAUAAAGGAAAGAAAUUAGUUAAAAGUGCACUAUUAAGAAAGCUCAAACUGAGAAAAGGUCGCAAGUCAAAAUUGGGAAAAGGUAGAACAUUAUCUGGUUCACUAAAAACAACUGCUGGGAGGAUAGCUUCCCAAAACAUUGCCAAAAAUGUUGAAGAGUCCUCCACAGAAUUUCAGCAAAUGGAUAUUCAGUUAAACUCCUCAGAAGAGAAUCCAGGCUGUACCUCUUGUACCGAAAUAGUGCACGGUCUAAGUGAGGAGGAUGUUGUUAUUGAAGAGGUUAAAGUUGAAAAAGCAAAGGAGAAGGGACUUGGAAAGAAAAGGAAACCAUGUAAGGAGACUCAGUUAAAGAGGCCUCAUGAAACUUUUAGGAUGCUAAAACGACAGAACAUGAUAUUAGAAGCUGUGCGGAAUUUGAAAUUGAUUGAAAGUCUGUUUUCGCUACAGAAGAUGAUCAUGGAGGAGGAGAAGCAGGAUGGUGUCGUCACCAGGUGCUGUAAGAAAUCUAUCGUGCGAAUGGUCCACAAGUUGUCACAGGAGGGACUACUCCGACUCUUCCGUACCACAGUUAUACAAGAUGGUAUCAGCAAAAAGGUGGAGUUUGUGGCCCAUCCGUCUGUGCUUCCCAAUGAUCCACUUGUGAGUAGUGCAAUUGAACAAGUUCGAUUUAGGAUCUCCAGUUCUUACACCGUGCACAGAAUGAAAAUGUUGCAACUCCAUGCCCAGAAAGAAAAGGAGAAACAAGCAAGAGAGAGUGCUUCAGUGAUUGCAUCAUGUGGUUCUGAGCAAAACAGGAAUGCGGAGACCACCAGCAAAUGCUCCACAAGUAAAACUGAUGAGAAAAUGGGUGUCACCCCUCUGAAAAACUACCAUCCUCUUAUAGUUCCAGGGCUUGGGCGUUCGCUCGGCUUCCUUCCCAAAAUGCCUCGGCUGCGCCUGGUUCACACAUUCCUGUGGUACAUCGUGUAUGGGCAUCCUCUUCGGAAGAAGUUAGAGGAAGCAGCUGUGUCUGCACCUUCAGUCAGUGCGUCAGCGAACUCUACCCAGGAGCCUACAGCGGCAGAAGCAGAAGGCACAUCCGCAUCAAAUGAGAAUACCGAAACUGCUAAACAUGGGAGCAGUCCAGCAGCUGGUGGAACAAUUGCAGGAACAUCAACGAUUGAGAUGGGUGAAGAUAGCCAGUGGGAAGGGGAUAUAGAAUAUCUGCAUGUCAAAGACACUGUUUACGUGGAUGAGGCAUCAUGGAAGAGAAACUGCCCUCCUUCCCCGAUUCACAGAGAAUUUGGAUAUGGUUGGGCUCUUAUUAGUGACAUACUGCUCUGUGUUCCCCUCUCUAUCUUUGUCCAGAUUGUACAAGUCAGCCACAAGGUUGAGAAUCUGGAUGAUUAUUUAAAAGACCCUUUGCUGAAACAAACUCUGGUCAGGGACCUACCCCAACCCACGAGACAGCAACUUCUGUAUAAGCGGAGAUACAUAUUUUCUAUCUUUGAGAGUUUGCAACGUCUUUGUUAUAUGGGAUUGCUACAAUUUGGUCCAACUGAAAAAUUUCAAGAGAAAGAUCAGAUUUUCGUUUAUAUCAAAAAGAAUGCCAUGAUUGUUGACACUACUAGUUGUGAUCCGCAUUACAAUUUGGCCAGGAGCAGCCGACCAUUUGAUAAUCGUUGCUAUGCUCUCAAUAGUUUACAAGAUGUGGAGAGCUUCUGGUUUGAUCUUAUGUGUGUGUGCCUGAAUACACCAUUAGGAGUUAUUCGGUUUCCUCGCUUAAACAGAAAUGCUGGUCAGGUAACACGAGAGGACGUGGAAGACACUGAACUUAACUUGGUGAUGGAACAGGACACAACUGCUAAGAACACCCUCGAGCAUAAACGUUGCCUUCUAGAGUAUACUACAGGUAGUCGGAGAUUAGUGGAUGAUGGGAAACUACCUGGGGAUGGUCUUGGAGCGGCUGGACUGGAUUCUAGUUUCUUUGGACAUCUGAAACGAAACUGGAUCUGGACCAGUUAUAUCAUUAACAAUGCAAAAAAAAGUCUGAAUAUCCCUGAGAGCAGCUCAGUGCGAUUGCAGAGCUUCUUGAACAAACAUUCCCUUCCCCUUGGUGUUGCAGGAAAUAAAUUCAAUAUGUUAGGGGUCCUUAAGUCUGUGCAUGGGCCUCUUGCUGAGUACAAGGAAGAGAUUCGAAUUGAAAAGGAAUGCAAUGUGGGCAGAAACAAAAGAGUAGCUGGUGGAAGAGGACAGAAGAGAAAACGACCUGAAAAGGAUACUGUGAAGAAGCAGAAGAAAAAGAGAAAGAAAGAAGAAAUACCACAACCGGAAAAGACGAAAAGAUUUCGCUUCCAAGAUGAUGCUGAUAGGAGUGCUCUCCGCCGUAUGACCAAACUACGUGUAACAUGGACUGCACAGGAAGACAGUCUGCUUAUGCUUUGUCGAGUAGCCAGCCAUGUCCUUAACAAAAAAGUGAAAGGACCCUUUGUUCCUUGGCAAACGGUGAGAGAUGUCAUGCAUAGUUAUCUUGAAGUGGCUUUGGAUAAAACAUCUCUUGCUGUAGGGCGUCGAUCGCGCUACAUCCUGAAGAACCCACAGACGAUGCUUAAUUAUAGGAUUUGUCUUGCUGAAGUCUAUGAAGAUCAUGCUUUAAUCAAUGAAAUUAUGAAUAAAAAGAACAAUUACCAGGACAGUAAGGUUUGUGCAGAGGAGUUUAAAGAAUUUGUAGGAAAACUGAGGCAGAAGUUCACUUCUGCAAUAGGGUCGGGAAAUAUUGAAAUUCCAGAUACGCUGCAGGAAUUAUUUGCCAGGUUCAAAAUAUUGGUAGUUGGGGAAGAAAGUAAUGAAAACCAGAAGCAGGAUGAUAUUAAAAGCAUUGAUGAUAUUCAUUACUUGGUCCUGCAGAAUUUCAUUCAGAGCACGCUGGCUCUCUCUGAUACACAGAUGAAAUCAUGCCAAUCUUUUCAGACUUUUCACCUCUACAAACAAUACAAGGAUGAAGUACUGGUAAAAGUGUUUCUCGAGUUUCAACAGCGAAGCUUGGUAAACCGUCGCAGGGUCAGCAAAGCCUUGGGUCCCAAGAAGAGUCGAGCAUUGCCCUUCGCACCAAUGUCUUAUCAGUUAUCUCAGGCAUACUACAGGAACUUCAUGUGGCGAUUUCCCAGCAACAUUUGUUCGGAAUCAUAUAAUUUUGUACAAAAGUUGAAGAAUGCAGGCGAGGCUGAUCUCCCCAACACCUUUUCAUUCCAGGAUAAAGAGACACCUAUCGAGACAGAAAUGGUCACCUACCCUCUGGACGGAAAUGGCGGCUACUGUGUGGCUACCAUAUCCUUAUUUAUCCUCGGUCUGCUCUCUUUCCACGUCUCAAUACCUGAGCAGAUUGUGGUUGUGGACAGCACGCUUGUAGACAAUGAAGUGAUAAAAAGGUUGGGGAAGGAAGGCAUUGAUGAUUAUGAGGAUGAUGAUCUGGACGAAACUGGAAGCAAACCCAAAUUUGAAGUGAAGGCUCCUCAAGCUUCGCAUACUAAUUACUUGCUGAUGAGAGGUUAUUAUGCACCAGGCAUUGUGAGCACACGCAACCUCAACCCCAAUGACAACAUUGUAGUCAACUCAUGUCAAGUGAGGUUAAAAGUCCGCUCAACACCAGUCCAUGGAUGCUUGAGUACCCCUGGUGGUUCAGCUGAUUUCUUCCAAACUGCUUUGGGGCCAGAUGCUCUUCCAGCUUCAUUCACAAAACUGUUGAGACCCAGCAUUGAUGCAUAUGUUGGAGAGAACAUUCAAAAGCAAUUUGUGGAGGAGCUCAAAUACAGUCCUGAGGACUUGACAGCUAUUCUGGAAAUCUCACGUGAAGUUGAAGCCUCCUCUUCCUUUGGGAUUGAGACAGUGGAACUAGGCAAGACCUUUGCUCACUAUGAAGAGGUACAAAAUGGAAGAACCAAGACCUUAAAGCAGUAUUUGCAGGAUUUGAUUGCGUUGGACCAAAUGGUGGAAGUUGGUGGCUCAGCAGCACGGCUGGCUGCCAUAACCCAUGCUAGCCCAUGGCUGCUUCAUCCAUUCCAUGUACGGAAAAGUAUCAUGAAAACGGAGUCAGAGAGUCCUGUGGAUGUGGGUUCCAAACAUAAUACCCAUAUAAACCAUUCAGAAUCCAGUGCAAAGAUCAUAGUGGAAAGUACAGGGGACUCUGAAGGAUACAAAGACAAUACAAAACCUAAUCCCAACACAACUGGUAUGGAGAUCAAAGCUGAGCAGCACAGACUGGAGCCCACUACAGUACCGAAUGCAGCUGUUGACAUAAAUAAUGCACAGACACUGACUGGAAGUGUAAAAAGGACCAUUGAGAAAGUUGAAAGUGAAAUACUUGAACACGGGCCUCCGAGUAAAAUACCUCGUCAAGACGUUGAGUCUUCUGAGUUGAGCUGUGAUUCCUCAGUCAGGGGACAGCCUAUAGACAGCACAGUGGUUGAGCCAAAAGCCAGCUUGCCUCAAACUCAGACCGGGCAGAAACAAACAAAGUCUUUGCAACAAGAGAGUACUGGAGAGGCAGAUUCUGAGCGUGGUUGGGAUGAAGACCAGAAUAAGGAGGGAAACAGAGAGCUACUUAGCUCUUCAUGUCACAGUAAAGGCACAAAAAUCUCUUCUGCAUCCAGUCCACCAGGUGAACCAUCCAUGGGAGAAGAUGGAAAUGACGAUCUGAUAGCUUCUCAACACACGUCCGGAGUGAGUGAGCGUCGGAGUGAAACCAUUCCACAUGCAGAUAGACAAGCUCAGCUUCAGGAAAGCAAUUCUACAGUCUGUCGAGAGGAACAUUUACAGCUAGACAAAAAUCUUCAUGUAAGCAAGAAUCAGGACAGAUCCAAGCUUCAGGGAGAAGGAGAUGAUACAGUUGAAAAUGUCAAGGUGGAAAACACAGUGCAAACCCCAUCAGAAAGCAGUGAAUACGAAAAGAUUAGUUUUGUCUGUCAUCCCUGGAGGAUUGUUGAUGGAAGCCUGAAUAAACCUGUCUGUAAAGGAAUGAUAGAAGCCAUGUUAUAUCACAUUAUGACAAAACCUGGGAUCACAGAACAGAAACUGUUAAGUUAUUAUAAUGCUGUGCUACAGCCUGUCAUUGUCCUGGAAAUAUUGCAGGCUCUGGAGACCGUCGGCUGCAUUAGGAAGCGCUACUUAACCAAAACCAAGCCUGUGUCCCUGUUCUCUACUCCCACGUGCGCUACCGAGAUGCAGCAUUGUAAAUUGGCUGACAGUUUUACAGUUUUUUAUGAACCUACCAUAGACUGUGUUUUAAGACUCGGCAAAGUCUUUCCACAUGAACCAAACUGGAACAAAUGGAUACAAUAACACAGCAGUUUAAGAAUUCUUUUUAUUGCUUAAAUGAAGGAUAUUUUCUUCACUGGUGCUGACCACUCCUAAGAACGAUCUCAGAAGAUUCCAAACUUGCCUAACUGUAUGGAGCAGUUUAUCAAAAAACUGAAGUCCAAUAUGUAAGGUCAAUAAUGUGGACUAAAGUUGGGAGUGAAGAAAUAAACCUUUUUACUAAACCUUUA